AUGUACAUGUAUUUGUUGCCAAGAGCAGAGAGCGCUAAGGACGGUGGGAGCACCAGCGUAGCACCACCAACAGCUCAGUCGAAAGACAGCGGCCGCGGAUCUCAUUCGAUCGAAACAUUUAAAUUUGAUUUUGCGCAGGACACGCUGGACAGCAUGAAAGGAUCAUCAAUUCUUGAUCAGUUUCAAAAGGACGGCUUUGUGGUCUUGGAAAAUUUUUUGACAGAAGAUGAAGUUAAGGAACUUCGGCAAGCAGGGGAAGCCUUGGCUACUGACAUGCCAGACUCUGUGCCCAUAGGUCAAUUCAGCACUGUGGACAACCUACCGCAGAACAAGGAUCGUUAUUUCCUUGAAAGCGGAGACAAAAUAAGGUACUUUCUAGAGACUGGUGCUGUCGGAACCGACGGGAAAUUAACCAUCGAAAAAAGAAGAGCCUUAAAUAAAGUUGGCCACGCUCUUCAUUGGCUUCACCCCAAGUUCAAGGAAAUCACGUUUAGCAACAAAAUCAAAGAAGUCUGCUUCAAACUGGGCAUGGAAGAGCCGGCAAUUGCACAGAGCAUGUAUAUUUACAAAAACCCGGGCGUAGGAAGCGAAGUUUGUGCUCAUCAAGACGCAACAUUCCUGUACACCGAGCCCAUGAAACUUGUCGGUUUAUGGUUUCCGCUUGACGACGCUACCCUGCAAAAUGGGUGCCUGAAAUUUGCACCUGGAUCGCAUGGCAGCGGCGUUCACAGGAGAUACGUAAGGAAAAACGAUCCCAACUCUGAGGAGCUUGUGGGCUACACAUCACCGGCACCCAUGUACCCUCAGUCCAACUUUGUGCCAGUUCCGGUAGCGAAAGGUAGCUGCGUUCUCAUCCACGGACAGGUUGUGCAUCAGAGCGACCCAAACAGGAGUUCAGAGCCACGUCACGCAUACACUUUUCAUGUGAUUGAUAAGAAAAAUUCAGUUUACUCUCCAGAAAAUUGGUUACAGCCGACAGAGGAGCUUCCAUUUCCGUUACUUUUCGACAAUUAAAGUUUCUUAAAGGUAACAUACAAUAAAUUUUACUCUCUUGUUCUUUAAACACACUAUGCAUUUUCAGCUAAAUAAAAUGUAUAUUAAGAUUU